AUCUACAAAGGACGCGUUCACAUCUCUGCCUGGUACAAGGAGGCAGAUAUACCACGCAAUUGGAAGCUCUCUGUCUCUGAGAGCGGCUGGACGAACAACGCGCUCAGCCUUAAGUGGCUGAAGCACUUUGACGCGCAUACAAAGGCAAGCCAGGUAGGGGCGGUCUACCAGCUACUUAUUAUUAACAGCCAUGAGAGCCACUGCUUAGUGGCUUUCCAAGAUCUCUGCAGAGAGAAGAAGAUAAUCACUCUCUGUAUGCCCCCGCACUCGUCGCACCUGUUGCAGCCACUUGACGUCGCCUGCUUCUCGCCACUAAAGCGCCUGUAUAGCGACGAGGUUUCGGCCUUGGCAUGCAGUCGCAUCCACUAUAUUAACAAGGAAACCUUCCUGCUAGCCUUUAAAUCAGCGUUUAGUAAGGCGUUCACUGGAGAGAACGUUCGCGCAGGCUUUAGAGGUGCUAGGCUAGUCCCACACAACCUAGAGGUGGUGUUAUUAAAGCUUGAUGUGCGCCUGCGCACGCCA